AUAUCUCUCUCUUGCUCUCUCAUCAUAAGCCCCACCAUCAUCAUCUUCCCGGUGGGGAAACAGUAAACGAAGGAACUUGCUUUCCCUUCACAUUAAGCCAACAAAAACAUGUUUCAGUGACCUACGGCGGAAGAGCCAGUUGUAGAACUGAGUUCUCAUGGCAGAGAAUCGCAACAGCAGCGAUAGCAGCAAAACCAAAAACAACAAUAGCAACAAAUCCUGCAUAACCCACAUAGCGUAUGAUCACCUCAUCUCGAUUCUACUUCUUCUUCCAAUAGAUUCGAUCCUUUCUGUUGGCAUGACUUGCAGGAGAUUCAAGUCUCUAGUCUUCUCAGAGGCUCUUUGGGAAUCAAUCUGUAGGAGAGAUUGGGGCAACAAUUCUAUUGAUGCCCUCUUCUCAUCUCCUGAGAUGAAGCAUAUCUCAUGGAAGAAGCUCUAUCAGCAGGUCUCUAAACUGGGUUCUGUCUAUUGUCAUAAAUUAUCUGCCGUGGAUGAUGGGAUAUGUCCAAGGCCCAGAGCUUCUCACUCGCUCAAUUUUGUGUCGGAUUGUCUAGUUUUGUUUGGUGGAGGUUGCGAGGGAGGGCGCCAUCUCGAUGACACGUGGGUGGCAUAUAUAGGUAAUGAAUUUAGGAGAAUCCUGAGGUGGCAGAAGAUCAAUUCAGGCAUUCCAAGCGGACGUUUUGGACAGACAUGUGCUGUUGUUGGAAAUGCGCUUGUCCUCUUUGGUGGGAUCAAUGACCAUGGGAUCCGUCAAAGUGAUACAUGGCUGGGGCACAUUGUCCAUGAUGAGACACUAGAAAUCAGACUGUCAUGGAGGCUCCUUGAUGUGGGUCCCCAUGCGCCUGCUCCUCGUGGAGCCCAUGCUGAGUGUUGUGCUGGUGACAAUAGGAUGGUGAUCCAUGGAGGGAUUGGGUUAGACAGCCUUAGAUUGAAUGAUACAUGGCUAUUGGAUAUCCCCAAUGGUGCAAGAUCUGCAACAUGGUAUCAGAUUGUGGCCCACCCUUCGCCUCCUGCUCGUUCAGGGCAUACAUUGACUUACAUUGGGGGUUCCUGCAUUGUUCUCUUUGGAGGAAGGGGAAUGGGUUACGACGUGCUCAAUGAUGUCUGGCUAUUGGAUAUUGGGGAAGAAUAUCCUAAGUGGGUGCAGCUAAUAAAUGAAUCAUCUAACGUCCCAGAACGUGUGCCUCUCCCACGGGUUGGUCACUCAGCUACACUCAUCUUAGGAGGCAAAGUGCUGAUAUAUGGGGGUGAAGACUCAUCUAGGCACAAGAAAAAUGAUUUUUGGGUGUUGGACGUUAGUGCAAUCCCAUCUGUUAAAAUCCAUUCCAAUACUCUGUACUCAAAGAGACUACCAAAAAGAAUGUGGAGGAGGUUGAAGGUAGGAGGUCAUCAACCCAGCUGCAGAUCAUUCCAUAGGACCUGCACUGAUCGUUCUGGGCGUUAUGUUUUUAUGUCUGGCGGUAUGGUGGAUGGAUUGGUUCAGUCUUCUGAAUCAGCAGGUUUGAGAUUUGAUGGGGAGCUCUAUCUUGUUGAGCUUGUGCUUCAGCUGUAGAAUUGAGUAAAGGUAAUGUAACUGAGAUGGGAUCACCUUACAUAGAGUCUGUUGUAGAUGGUAGAACUGUUAUGUAGCUCCUUUAGAGGGUCAGAACUAUGAAUAAAAGUAGGUUUCAAUGGGAAAUCUUGUCGAGUCUGUGCUUCGGCUGUGGAAAGAAAUUUAGGUAUGUACUUAUAUGUACCUAAGAUGAUAUUACCUUGUUAGGUUGAAUCUUUGUAUGAGAAGUCUACUGUAAAUAAUGCAUUUGUUGUCUAGCUAACUGUCUGGUGUAUAUGGCCAGAAUAAGAGUUGAUUUAUUUCUUGUU